GGCGGAGGAGGAGCUGUCGCAGGCAGCCGCCUCACAGCGAUGGCGGCCGAGCAGGGCCGGCAGCGGCUGCGGCUCCGGCUCUGGCCGGACACGACAGUGGUGGCGGUAGCGGCGGGCGGCGGGGGCCUGUGACCGGGAGCCGCCCCGGACCCGGGCACCAUGAGCCAAGGCCCCCCCCCAGGGGAGAGCAGCGAGCCCGAGGCGAAGGUCCUCCAUACCAAGCGGCUUUACCGGGCUGUGGUGGAGGCUGUGCAUCGACUCGACCUCAUCCUUUGCAACAAAACUGCUUAUCAAGAAGUGUUUAAACCAGAGAACAUUAGCCUGAGGAACAAGCUGCGUGAGCUCUGCGUCAAGCUUAUGUUCCUGCACCCAGUAGACUAUGGGAGAAAGGCUGAGGAGCUGCUGUGGAGAAAGGUGUACUACGAAGUUAUUCAGCUUAUCAAGACGAAUAAGAAGCACAUCCACAGCCGGAGCACCUUGGAAUGUGCCUACAGGACGCACCUGGUUGCUGGGAUUGGCUUCUACCAGCAUCUGCUGCUCUACAUCCAGUCCCACUACCAGCUGGAGCUUCAGUGCUGCAUCGACUGGACCCAUGUUACUGAUCCCCUCAUAGGAUGCAAGAAGCCAGUGUCUGCAUCAGGGAAGGAGAUGGACUGGGCACAGAUGGCCUGCCACCGAUGUCUCAUGUACCUGGGGGAUUUGUCACGAUAUCAGAAUGAAUUAGCUGGCGUAGACACUGAGCUGCUAGCUGAGAGAUUUUACUACCAAGCCCUGUCUGUAGCUCCCCAGAUCGGAAUGCCCUUUAACCAGCUGGGCACCCUUGCAGGCAGCAAGUACUACAACGUGGAAGCCAUGUACUGUUACCUGCGCUGCAUCCAGUCGGAAGUGUCCUUUGAGGGGGCCUAUGGGAAUCUCAAGCGGCUGUAUGACAAGGCAGCCAAGAUGUACCACCAGCUGAAGAAGUGUGAGACUCGGAAACUCUCUCCCAGCAAGAAACGCUGUAAAGACAUCAAGAGGUUGCUGGUAAACUUCAUGUACCUUCAAAGCCUCCUGCAGCCCAGGAGCAGCCCGGUGGACUCAGAGCUGACCUCACUCUGCCAGUCAGUCCUGGAGGACUUCAAUCUCUGCCUCUUCUACCUGCCAUCCUCACCCAGCCUCAGCCUGGCCAGUGAGGGUGAAGAGGACUAUGAAAGUGGCUAUGCCUUCCUCCCAGACCUCCUCAUCUUUCAGAUGAUCAUCAUUUGUCUCAUGGGUGUGCAUAGCUUGAAGAGAGCAGGGUCCAAACAGUACAGUGCAGCCAUUGCCUUUACCCUGGCCCUCUUCUCCCACCUCGUCAACCAUGUCAAUAUACGGCUGCAGGCUGAGCUGGAGGAGGGUGAGAAUCCCGUGCCGGCGUUCCAGAGCGAUGGCACAGAUGAGCCCUUGGAGAAGGAGGAGGCACCGGGGCCUGAGCCCCCUCCUGCAGUACCUCAAGCGACUGAGGUCAGAAAGAGCCGGAAGUUCUCUCGCCUCUCCUGCCUCCGCCGCCGCCGCCACCCACCCAAAGCUGGAGAUGACAGUGACCUGAGUGAAGGCUUUGAAUCAGACUCGAGCCAUGACUCAGCCAGGGCCAGUGAGGGCUCAGACAGUGGCUCCGACAAGAGUCUCGAAGGUGGGGGAACAGCCUUUGAUGCUGAGACAGACUCAGAAAUGAACAGCCAAGAGUCCCGGUCAGACCUGGAAGACAUUGAGGAUGAGGAGGGUACUCGGUCCCCAGCCCUGGAGCCCCCUCGGCCCAGGUCAGAGGCUCCCGAGUCUCUCAAUGGCCCACUGGGCCCCAGUGAGGCGAGCAUUGCCAGCAAUCUACAGGCCAUGUCCACGCAGAUGUUCCAGACCAAGCGCUGCUUCCGACUGGCGCCCACCUUCAGCAACCUGCUCCUCCAGCCUUCCACUGAGCCCCACACUGUAGCCAACCGCAGGUCAUGUGUCAAUGGAGAUGCAGACAAGCCUUCGGAACCAGAACUCUGCUCCAGAGUGCAGGCAGGGCGAUUGUGCCCUCCAGCUUGGGGCCGAAGCCCAAUGCCACGUGCCUGCUGUUCAUCCCAGCUCUGUCUCCCACUCCCAGCCUCCGAGGAGGGCUCCGAGUCGGAGGGCAGUGAAUCUAGUGGGCACUCCUGUCGGAAUGAGCGCAGUGUCCAGGAGAAGCUGCAAGUCCUGGCAGCCGAAGGCCUGCUUCCUGCUGUGAAGGUCUUCCUGGACUGGCUGCGGGCCAACCCUGACCUCAUCGUUGUGUGUGCACAGAGCUCUCAAAGUCUGUGGAAUCGCCUGUCUGUGUUGCUGAACCUGUUGCCAGCUGCUGGUGAGCUCCAAGAGUCUGGCCUGGCCCUGUGUCCCGAGGUCCAGGACCUACUUGAAGGUUGUGAACUGCCUGACCUGCCCUCCAGUCUGCUGCUCCCAGAGGACACGGCCCUUCGUAACCUGCCUCCCCUCCGGGCUGCCCAUAGACGCUUCAACUUUGACACAGACCGGCCCCUGCUUAACUCCUUAGAGGAGUCAGUCGUGCGCAUCUGCUGCAUCCGCAGCUUUGGACACUUCAUCGCCCACCUGCAGGGCAGCAUCCUGCAGUUCAGCGCAGAGGCUGGCAUCUUUGUCAGCAUCGCCCAGUCUGAGCAGGAGGGCGUGCUGCAGCAGGCCCAGGCGCAGUUCCGCAUGGCUCAGGAAGAGGCCCGUCGGAACAGGCUGAUGAGAGACAUGGCCCAGCUGCGACUUCAGCUCGAGGUCUCUCAGCUGGAAGGGAGCCUGCAGCAGCCCAAGGCCCAGUCAGCAAUGUCUCCUUACCUCGUCCCGGACACCCAGGCCCUCUGCCACCACCUCCCGGUCAUCCGCCAGCUGGCCACCAGCGGCCGCUUCAUUGUCAUCAUCCCAAGGACAGUGAUUGAUGGCCUGGAUUUGCUGAAGAAGGAACACCCAGGGGCCCGGGAUGGGAUCCGUUACCUGGAGGCAGAGUUUAAGAAAGGAAACAGGUACAUUCGCUGCCAGAAAGAAGUAGGAAAGAGCUUCGAGCGGCAUAAGCUGAAGAGGCAGGAUGCAGAUGCCUGGACGCUCUAUAAGAUCCUAGACAGCUGCAAACAGUUGACUUUGGCCCAGGGGGCAGGCGAGGAGGACCCAAGCGGCAUGGUGACCAUCGUCACAGGCUUUCCACUGGACAACCCCAGUGCGCUCUCAGGCCCCAUGCAGGCAGCCCUGCAGGCCGCUACACAUGCCAGUGUGGACAUCAAGAAUGUUCUGGACUUCUACAAGCAGUGGAAGGAGAUUGGUUGAGAUGGACCCCCCCCAGGCCCUGCAGUGGGGCUGCAUCCAGAUCUCUCCUGCCCUCCCUGGCAGCCAGGACCACCACCUGUAGUCACCCCACCACACACAGAAGCACGCACGCAGGAAGGAAGCCCAGCUGCACACAGGCCGCAGGGAGGGCCCCAGGAGCUGCAGAGAAGGCCCCUAAACCCCUGGGAGGGUGGGUCCCCCUGUUGCGAAGAUGACAUCAGGAGAGUGAGGGAAGUGCUUGGAGCAGGAGAGGCAUGUGGGCCUCCCGCCCGCCCUCCUGCCUCAGUGCCCCCACCGCUGCUGUCCCCAUGGGCAGGUGGCCGGCAUGGGAGUCUGUCUCAUUGGAGCAGUGUGUGGACCUCUGAGGGGAAGGGACAGAAGGGCCCCUCUUCCUCCCAAGACACGGCGGUGGGCGCUAGGGGAAGAACUGGGUAUCAGAAGACGUCUGGGUGGUCCUCUGCAGUCCCUUCCCUUCGAGGACCUCCCAUCGUCCUCUCCAUGCAGGUGGGACAGCUCUGGAGCCUUGGGGACUCUGGAAGGAGAGGGCCUGGGAGUGGGGCCAGGGCGUGACCCCUCCUGCUGCCCCACUUGUGCUUUCUGUCUCCAGUCUCCAUCUGCCCAGCUCAGUGAGCCCAGCCAUCAAUGGCCAUCUGGCCCACGUGCCAGCCAAGGUUCCUGUACCCACAGCCCCAUGGCCAUGGUACCUGGAAGAGAAGGGGGUGCAGUGUGAGGCCAGCAGCCCCCUCCCUGGGGGAGGCCUGCAUUGAGGUGGGCAGCAAAAAGGAGAGCCCCUGAGAGCUGCCCCAUCAGGGGUCUGCCGUCCCUGUGGGGCUGAGCAUGGGGCAAGCGUGGGCAAGUGGCAAGGGGAACAAGCCGAGAUCAUGAAUAGCUCAGGGCAGUGGGCAGAGUGGCCAGCGCAGGCGUUUUGGGGGGCUCUGGCCCGGAAGCCUCAGCUCCUUACCCUAGGGCUGGCCAGGAGCUCAGCCAGGGGGCCGGAGUUCCUGGCUCUGCUGCCCCCUUCCUCAGCACUAGCCUGGCUUUCCAGGCUGUUCUUGGAGGAGAGUGAGCUUCCUGCCUCCUUCCUCUAAGACAGUCUGGGACAACCUGGGGCGGGGUGGGGUGACCCCCAUGCCCAGUCCAUGGCAGAGACUGAGACUAAAGCAUCACUUAAUAAAGACCCCUCGAAGCCCA